GCACUUGAGAGCAGAGGCGUCCGGGCCGAGGAGCCAGUGAGGUGCUGUGGGGCCAGUCUUCAGAAGUCCUGACAGAGAGACCCCCCCCCCCCCCCACCACCCUCCUCCUGCUCUUUGCCUUUGAGGAGGGAGCUGCCCAUUUCCCUCAGAGAAUAAAGUUAACCAGAGAGGACAAGAUCAACCAUGACUGAAAACUCAACCCCGGUGCCCCCCAAAGCCAAGCGGGCCAAGGCGGCCAAGAAGCCGUUGGACCACCCCAAGUACACCGACAUGAUCACGGCUGCCAUCAAGGCGUUGAACUAUCGCAGCGGCGUCUCCAGGCAAGCCAUCCAGACGUACAUCAAGCGGGAGUACAACGUGGGAGACAGCGCGGACCAUCAGGUGAAAAUCGGGCUCAAGAAGCUGGUGGAGAACAAGGUCAUCAAGCAGAUCAAAGGCAUGGGGGCGUCCGGCUCCUUCCGUUUGGUCAAGGCCGACGAGCCGAAGAAGGUGGUGAAGAAGGUGGUCUCCAAAGCCUCCAAGAAAGGCUCCUCGCCCAGAAAGGCGCCGGCGGCCAAGAAGGCGGUGAAGGCCGCGCCGAAGGCGAAGAAGGCAAAAGCGGAGAAGAAGAAGCCCAAGACGCCAAAGAAGAAGGCGGCCACGCCCAAGAAGGUGAAGAAGACGAAGCCAGCGAAAGCCAAGGCCAAGGCGAAGAAAUCCCCCGCGCGCAAGGCCCCGCCAAAGAAAUCUAAGAAGUGAUCGCUGUCCUUCCCUGGGGAUUGAGGACUGGCCUUGCUUUCUGUCUGAAAUCUUCAGAAACUUUUGUGUACAUACAGUUUUAAAAAAAAUGUUUCUUGAAUUUAGUAAGGAGACUUUUUAUUUUGUCAGGAACUUAUUGUGUCUUGCAUUUAAAAAAAAACAAUGUGUAUGCAGUAAUCAUGUAUUGGAGCUGGUGACUUCGGGACUGUGACAGGGAAUGUAAAUGUUGUACUCUGCUUGUGACUGUCUUACCUCCAGACUAUCAGCUCUUGUGUUAGAGCCCCGUCAACGAGCAGGCAGGAUGUGUGUGCAUGCGUGUAGCUUCUAAUCCCAGAGGAUGGUUAUAAAUCCAGGCGUUUGUUGAGACAAGCCAGGCCCUACUAAUGGACAACGCAUUAUAAUUGCAGAUCACAACAGUUAAUUGUAUAGUUCAGUCACAACAAGAUCAGCCUUUACUUCCAAAUUACUUUGUUUUAGACUUUUAAAGCUGUCUAGAACUGCUGUUUAUGCUUGUGCUGUGUUGUAGCAUUAAAUAGUUUAAGAUUUGUUUUUAAAAGGAUUCCCCACCUGAAUUGUAACAGUUUGUUUAAUCUGUAUCAUUGAUGGAGAGCCAGAGAGAGUUAGUGAUCUCAGUAUUUCUUUACAGUGUAAGAGGUCUUGCUAGAUGAUACUGUUACCAGGUGACAGAACCCUUUUAACUAUUGUAACAAAAUUUUAAUAAAAGUAACAGCACUGAAGGGUGUUUUACAAAUCUGGAGGUUGGUAGCUUGCAGCAGUAACAGUUCCAAGCAUCCUGACAUCCAUACUUGGACACAGUGCUGUGUUGAGAUUCCCUGGGAUUUCCUGAGGUGGACGGGGUGUUAGAGUCUAGAGGCAUUCACUGUAGAAGGAGGCUGGUGGUUAUUGCAGCCCAUGGAGGGCAGCAAUCACAUAUUAUUUAAUAAAGUAGCAGGAUCUAAAAGACCAGAAUAAAAAUUAAACAACACUCUAACUUGGCCAAAGAAAAAUUAAAGUUCCUGACUGAAAGGCACCCUUUUAUAAAAUGGCUCCAAAAUGUGAUACAUGUUGAUUUUGUUAUUUUUUACUAAAUCGCUGUAUUUUAUUAACCGUUAGGAUGCUCCCUACAAGCAGUUUGUACAUGUCAUUAAUGAUGUAUGUUUAUUAUGAUUAGUUAUCUCUGGAGCUGUCGUAUGGUAUCUUUCAAAGCCAUAUUGGACAUUCCUACUUACACAGUGAACCUCUUUCCAGUUAAACUCUGCUUUUAAGUUUUUAAAUUUACAUGAUGUUUUUUAUUAAGCAAUCUUCACUCCUAAUUAUUUUAUGCCACGGUGUUUAUUUUUUUUAAUCUGAAUUCAGCCGAAGAUUGAGUGCAGACCAUAAACUAAUCGCAUCAGUGGAAUUGGAUGACUCAAGACAAUACUACAUUUAUAGGUUGACCUGUUCCUUUGUAUGUUUAUAAUGAAUAAAGCUACAUUUUGAUUUGAAAGUA